CACUCCUACUGCUCUGAGCCAGACGGCUCGCGCUGUGUGUGAAAGUUGCAUCAAUUCCAGUCUGAGGAGAAAAAAGAGAAGCAGAAAAAAAGAGAAGAGGAGAGGAGAGGCGGAGGGGGAGGAGAGGCAGAGCCGCAGUGUGACAGCCUGAACCCGCGCUCAACAUGCCAUUCAGCCCGCCGAGCACAUCCAGCUCCGCCGCUGCAGCUCCAGCCGCUCCCGCGCAACUUUCCCGCGAGCGCCGCGCGUGAGAGCGAUUCAAACGAUUAAAAAAGUAACGGUCAGUAACGGUUUUUAACGGUCAGCGCAGCGCGCGGACGCGUUUCUGGAGCUUUCUGCUGCUAAAAUACUGGAUAUUCUCACUGAUUUCUCCUGAAAAAGAGCCGCAGACUGAGGAGAAAGAGGAGGAAGAGGAGGAGGAGGAGAAGUGUAGACCUGCUGCUGAGACAGUGGUCGGUUUCCCGUCCGGACUUUGUGAGAUCUCCCGCUUUAAAAAAUGAACUUUUUUGGAUUAAGUGUGUUGCUCGCCUAUUCGCCUUUCCUCUACACCAACCUCGCCUUCCAGUCCAGCCAAGAUUACUACGAUUACGACCCGGACCAAGGAGAUGCCCUGGAGUCGUCAGAGCCCGAUCUGGAGGAGCAGUUGCGUUCGGCGGGCAGCGUGGACGAGCUGAUGAGGUUACUGUACCCGAGCUACUGGAACACGCUGAAAUGCCGCUCCAAACUGGGGGCCGUCCCCCAUUUCUCCUCCAGAGAACACAGAGAGCAUCCGUCUGCAGAAUCCCGCAUGGAGGAGAUGACCUUCGCUGCAGCGUACAUCAACCUCGACAUGUUUAAAAGUAUUGAGGCAGAGUGGAGAAAGACCCUGUGCAUGCCACGAGAAGUUUGUUUAGAUGUGGGGAAAGAGUUUGGGGCAGCCACAAACACCUUCUAUAAACCACCCUGCGUGUCUGUCUACAGAUGUGGAGGCUGCUGCAACAGCGAGGAGCACCAGUGCAUGAACAUCACCACCUCCUACAUCAGCAAGACGUUGUUCGAGAUCACAGUUCCAGUGAAACAGCCGCCGAAACCAGUCACUAUCAGCUUCGCCAACCACACCUCCUGCAACUGCCUGUCCAAGCUGGAUGUGUACAGACAGCGGCACUCCAUCAUCCGACGAGCACUGCCAGAAUGCCACGCAGCGAAUAAAACAUGCUCGAAGAACCAGAGCUGGAGCAAUAGCUUAUGCAGAUGUGUGUCCCACAGCUCACUCUUCCCCCAGCACUACUCAGAUUCCUUCGAUCAGGAUUUCUGUGGUCCGAAUAAAGAGCUGGACGAGGACACGUGUCAGUGCGUGUGCAGGAAGGACCUGAGGACGGCCGGCUGCGGGCCGAGACGAUACCUGGACAAGAACACCUGCCAGUGCACCUGUAAAACACAGCCGUCGUCCUGCGGUCCUCACCAAACCUUCAACAAGGACACCUGCCAGUGCACCUGCAACAGGGCGUGUCCUGCCAAUCAACCACUCAACCGCACCAAGUGCGUGUGCGAGUGCACGGAGUCGCCCAACAAGUGCUUCCUCAGAGGGAGGAGGUUCCAGCCAGCCACGUGCAGUUGCUACAGGCUGCCGUGUCACGUGGACCCCAAGAGGCGGCGAUGUGACGAGGGUCUUUUCUUCAGCGAGGAGGUCUGUCGCUGCGUCCCCAAGCACUGGGGGAGACUGGAUUAAACAGCUGGAGCCGAGCAGCUAACAGAGCUAACAGAACACAGAGACGCUAACAUUACGGAGCGGCCCUCGGGGGGCUGGAUGGACUCCUCUCGCCCGUUCUGCAGGGAACAGUGACGCGUUACCGGGGGACUCGCUUAAUAAAGCUCAGUAAAGACGUUGGAUUUUAACCCCAAACAUCAGACGAGUGAAAGGGGGGCGAGCUGACUAUGAACUCGAUCAGCGCGAGAGAUUUUAAAGGCUGGAGCCGUUUAAUUUUCUAUAUAUUUUAAUUGAUUUGUUUACUCAUUAUUUGUCAGAUAUUGAUUCUAUAAUUUAUUGCCACUAAAUGUUUUGAAACGUCUUUUUUUUGUUCAUAGCGACUUCAGAUCUUUGCAGAGGAAAAUACACUGUGAUCCAUAUUUUUGUAUCAUGUGAAGUCCCGUAAAAUAAAGUAUAAAGUUGUAUUA